UAGAUCCCCGAGGUUUCGGCUCGUCGGCGGACGCAAUACCGCGCGCACGGCUGCAAAACGCGAUGUUUUGCCGUAUUUAGGCCGGUCGUCGUGCCAGUCGAGGGCGCGCGGUUUCCGUGCGCCGGCGUUUUCGGCGUUUGAAAUCGGACACCGCCGAUGUUUCAGCGUCCAUCUCUCCUUCGCAGGGCUCCGGAGUGCGGAGUGAUACGUGGUGUGGAACCGACAAUGUGGAGGCUGUUAAAAUGUCUACUAUGAAAACGAAAUGGUCUCAAUGGUAAUAACGGCGAGGAGACUGGAGCUAAUACAUGGAUUGCGGUAAUACGGCGAGUCGCAUCGUUUCGAUUCCGUGACGGUGGUGGUGGGGGGGGACCGACGGCGAGACGGGGCGUUUUGAGGAGCGGUUGCUUAUUUGUCUUCGCUCAUCUCUUCAUCAAGACCCACGGUCCGGAGCACCGGAGGGGGGGGGGAAGGAUUCUAUCCCCAACUUUGUUUUUCUUUCUACUCCGGGGCGUUCGGCGCUUUCCCUGUUGGAUGUCCCAUUAUUGAAUCCAGUCACUUAUUGAGACUCAAAAGGGCCAAGUGAACAGCAGCAGAGAAUGGCUGCAGUGGGAACAGACAAGGAGCUCAGUGAUUUGCUGGAUUUCAGCGCGAUGUUUGCUCCGCCAGUGUCAAAUGGGAAGAACCGGCCGACUACACUAGCUAGUAGUCAGUUUGGAGGUUCAGGUAUAGAUGAGAGGAGUGGGUCCAGCCCCUGGGGAUCAGGAGAACAGAACAGUCCUUCUUUCAGCCAGGGAAGGGGCUAUGGAGAGGGAGCCCUGUACAACGAGCAUGAGGGCAUUGCCUCUGCCCCCAUAUUUGGCUCAGGAAUCGUUGGCAAGGCUGAGCGAGGACCGUACUCUUCAUUUGCAACACAGCAGGGAUUUAUACCCAAUGAGAUGCCAAUGCCCAGUCCUGAUGCCCUCUCCCCAUCUGGCCUGAAGUCCAAUUCCCAGUUCUACUCUUCCUAUCAGGGGGGCAAUCCCCGCAGGAGACCUCAGCAGGACAGCAUGGAUCCCCAGCCAAAAAAGAUCAGGAAGGUGCCCCCUGGCCUGCCCUCCUCGGUGUAUGCAUCAGCCUCGGGAGAGGAUUUUAACAGAGACAAUGCUGGUUACCCUGCCUCCAAGGCAGGAAACGUCUACCCAGGGCCGUUUUACAUGCAAGAAGGCCUCCACCCCUCCCCAGAUCCGUGGGGCUCUGCUGGGUCGAUGGUGCAGUCUGGUUAUUCUGCUAUGCUGGGAAACUCACCCCAUGUGGGCCAGCACAGUCCCUUUACUGCCAUCAACCCCCAGGAUAGACUGAAACGGCAGCCACUGCCCCUCUCUCCCCAAAAUUACCCUCUGCAUGGCAGUGAGGUGAAUGGGACUCACCCAUCUGGCUUCCACUCUGGCUCCAGUGGCUAUGGAGUCCCCAACCACACACCCCCUAUCAAUGGCACUGACACCAUUAUGGCUAAUCGGGGAACAGCUCCCGGUAGUUCAGGCGAUGAGAUUGGAAAAGCCCUGGCAUCUAUCUAUCCAUCAGACCCCAACAGCAGCGCCUUCCCUCCAUCUCCGUCUACACCUGCUGGCUCUCCCCAGGCCAUAUCAGGCUCUGCCUCCCAGUGGACAAGAUCCUCUGGCCAGGCAACACCUUCACCAAACUUUGAAGGAGGAAUUCAGGCCCUUCAGAAUAAAAUGGAGGAUCGUCUGGAGGAAGCCAUCCAUGUUCUCCAACGUCAUGCCGGUGGGCAGGGAGGACCGGGACUGGCCGACAUGCACAGCCUGCUCUCAUCUGGCCUAGGACUUCCACCAGCAUUCAAUAGCACUGGGCUCGGACUGGCGAGUCGCCUGCCUGGACUGGUUUCCAAUCACCACGAAGACUCUGCUGGCCUGCCCUCUAGUGGCGGACUAUUGCAUGGUCACCACAGUGCUCCCUCUGUCCAGGCAGGUUCUCAGCCAGAAGGUUUCAGCGGCUUGCCUGGCAGCAUGUCUCGUUCCAGUGGCAGUGAUAUUAAACGAGAAGACAAGGAGGAUGACGAGAACUCCUCCAUCGCUGACAAGUCCGACGACGAGAAAAAAGACAUGAAGGCCCGCAUUCGAACAAGCAGCUGCAGUGUUGUCUCGGUGACCGAUGAGAACUUAACUGCAGAGGAGAAGGAGCAGAGGGAGCGUGAGCGCCGCCUGGCUAACAAUGCUAGGGAGAGGGUACGCGUGCGGGACAUAAACGAGGCCUUCAGAGAGCUGGGCAGGAUGUGUCAGGUCCAUCUGCAGAGCGACAAGGCCCAGACCAAGCUCAUCAUCCUGCAGCAGGCUGUCCAGGUCAUACUGGGCCUGGAGAAGCAGGUGCGAGAGCGUAAUUUGAACCCCAAGGCAGCCUGCCUGAAGAGAAGAGAGGAGGAGAAGGUUUCUGGUGUGGACCCCCAGAUGCAGCUUGGAGGGGGGCACCCUGGUUUAGGAGGCGAUGGGCACAACCCUGUGAGCCAUAUGUAAUUCUCAGUUCCUGUUGAUUGUACAGCCCUUAGAACACGUGGCCUUAACCCUUUGUCAUGCAUCUCAGUGUGUGUUAAUCGACAUAUGGAAAAAUACACAAACACACCUCAUAACAGAAAAAGCCAGUGGCCACAUUCCUGAUCAUGACGACAAGAGUAACAAGCACACUCGUACAGAGACCGAGAGUUUUUUCAGAAACUUCACCAUUACGACACCUUGAACUCUGAAGGGACACUGUUUUUCGGAGGCAGUAGAAAUUGAUUAUUUCUAAGUUCUGUCUGCUGGUCAUGUUUUUGUAAGACAUUCAGAGAAAAUUGCUUUAUAUGUUGGGAGCAAAAUUUGUUUGGAUCAAAUAGUACUUUUGGAUCAUUUGCUCAUAUGAGCAGAAUUAUAUCCUUGAAUAAGUUGUUUGGCAUUCCCAUCUGAUAAGGAGGUCUUACAUUCAUUACAAAUAAAGAGGACGCCUGUGUAUAACUUAUAUUUGAAUACCUAUGUUUAAAAAUUUGCCAGAUGUAGGUCUGAUGCAUUGUUUGCUUAAAACAAAGAUGAUAAAUGAAAUACAGAGGUAGGUCUGGAGAGAUCCAGCCGUGCAAACAGCAUUUAAAAGACUAGAAAUUUGGAGGACUGACUCUUAUUUCUGGUAUGUUAUUCUUGUCUGUAGGUUAUUCUUUUUUGUUUUGUUUCAUUUUUUCUUGUUUUGGCUGAAAAUGUGCCACAGUCACUAACUUAUGUAUGUGGUGGAUAUGUUUCUUUCUCCCUCUCUCUCUCUCUCUCUCUCUCUCUCUCUCUCGCUCUCUUCCUUUUGUAACCCAUGGGUCCCUCUGUCCUGUUCAUUUAUAAAUUUCACUGCCAUGGGUUUGGAACAGAAAGACUGCCAGAGAAGGCCGUACCGCCGACACAUGCAUGAGCAAGGACACGUUGCAAGUGCAGGCUCUGCCGUGAUGCGGAGUCAUGUAGUUGGGGUUGCGGUCAUCUCAAGUGUCCUUUUUUUGGACGCUGCUGUUGGACUGCAGCAAAGAGGAAGUAGACCUCACUGCCCAUAUCAUCAUUUACUGACGUCAGUUCAGUUACCCACUGCCUCAACAUUAGCCGGGACUUAUGGACUUGUGUUCAGUGGGCAUCUUCUGCCCCAAACGGAGCCAGUGUCAUACCGGCAUGCCCCUGUCAUAUCAUAUCUACAUGUCCACAUUACACAAACCGUGAGGACUUACUGUUAGACUGGGAGCAGUCUGUUUUUAGGAAACUACAUUUAGCCAGAAGAGUAAAUUGAAAAUGUUAGAUGAAAGUUAAAGGGGAUCAUGAGUGUUAUUGCUACCUUCUGGCAAAUUCACCCAAUUGCCAUUGACUGACUGAUUUUUUUUGCUCGUUGUUGAAGAGCAUUUGGUGUUGUCUCUUUUUUUUUUUCCUUUUUCUUUCUUUUUCCUCUUGAACAUUUGCAAAGCCUGUUUGUAAGGAUCUUCCUUUUUUGUAGAAUUGAUUUAUCAUUGUUUUUUUAAUUUUCUUUUUUUACUUUGUAAGAUAGUUGUACGAGUUUUUACUUUGGAAUGCUUUCUUUUUUGUUUACAUUGUUUAAGUAUAAGACAACUCUCAAUUUUUAGAUGCCAGGAACAAAGUGAGGUGUGUCCGUUUCAUUCUGAACAUAUUGUGCCAGGUGCUCAGAUAUUAGAAAUGUCAUCAUAAUCUGGCUGUAACAUCACAUGAGUGUGAUAUUGGUAGUUUUUGAACACCUGUUCAAAAAACACUAUUCAAGAAGAUACAGUUUGAAUAGUCGGGUGUUUGCAAGACAGAACCUGAUAAAUUUGUUUUGCUGAAUAUGUAACACAAUGAAGAUUUUUUGUCUUCAGCGUACCCCCUUCUCCCUCUUUGACUGAAGUUCAGCUCUCAGUUGCUCAGUUGGUAGUUAUUGGGAGAUAGGGUCAUUGGGAGAUAGGGUCAUUGUGCACAAUCUGUAACAUAAUUCAAUGUUUCAUUAUGACUGAAUAUGAAGCAUAAAAAUGAAUCAAAAAGGGAGGCCUUAGUCAUUUUCCUGACUUUGGGAGUUUUGAUAAUGGUUACUCACUAGUGCCUGAAUACUUCUCUGCUACAUGGUGGAUGACAUUGCAUUUGAAAAUUUAUAAGUUGUACCUUUUUAUAAUACAGAUGUAUAAAAAAAGAUUUACUUGGGAAACAUUUGACAAUGUCUCAGCACAUCAAAAUCGAAAAAAUACACUCAUUGAUGAUACUGAUUAUAGUGUCAACUCAUGUAAUUAGAUGUAGUGAAAGGACUGAGAACCUGACAGCUUGGACAUCAUGGCUUGACCAUAAUGUAACACUGAAAACUGUAAUUAAAGCGAUCAUCUAUUAUGUACUGAAUUUGUUAAAGAAAUAUAACUUCAUCAGUGACUGGCAUGUCCAUUCAUAUACAUGUAACGCAGUAAGAUAUAUCCCCAUCAGUUUUAUCAUUGUAAACUGAUACUGGUAUGUAACAUUUUUUUGGGUUUAUCUGUAUUUCUCAUCUUGUCAGAUUGUUUUAUGAUCACAAACUCCCCAGUCAACUUGCCCUAAAUGUCAUUUUCUUUGUCAGUUAUUCAUUUUUCCAAGUAGAAUUUGCUACUAAACAUUUCUACAUUUCAUUUACAGAAAAUGUUUGACAGUAUAUCGAUUUUUUCCUUUUUAUAUUUGAUUUUUUUUUUAAGAAAAGCACAAGUUGCUUUUUUGUUUGUUUUGUUUUUUGGGUUUGUUUUUUUUUGGUCAAGGGGAGUCAUACUCAGCCCUUCUGGUCUUCACAACAGAUACAACUACAGAACGCACUCUCAUUCUCAUAUUUGGGGACAAUGUCUACAUAGGCUGUGUCCUCAAAGUGCCUCCAGUUUCCUAUUUUUUAUAUAUAAAGUAGAUAUUGAGAACUGUCGUGUAUAUAACAGUAAUGUAGCAAUAAAUGUGCCAUUUUUAAUAACAAAA